GACAAGUUCUUGGUAUAUGUUCCAAGCAUCUGGAGAUAGUCGGUUUCUGACUCCGGAGGCUCAUUCAUUUAGCUUUUUUGCAUCAGAGCACUCAGGGUCAGGUGAAUUUGCAUGUCGAAGUCAUUUGCAUGCCCGUGGGCGGGGCUUCACGGCAGCCUUGAAGUCGCUCCUUUCGAAGCAUUGAAGUGGCGUCGGGAAGGAAGGGGUUAAGGCCGCGACGCGCACUUUUCUAUUUGCGGGGUCGGGCUGGGAGUUCGUGGCGAGGCUGCCCGCCGUACGAAGAAGUCUUUCCCCUCCGCCGGGCUCGCCUGGCCAGCCUCCUCGCGCUUCUCCUCCUCCUCCUCCUCCUCCUCCCCGAGCAGCAGGUGGCGGCGGCAGCGACGGCGGCAGCGGCAGGCGCAAGAGAGCUAACCCCGUGGCCGCGACUGUGCAGGAAGCAGCUAGGCAGCGGCUGCGGGAGGAGAGAGGCGGCAGCCGGGGACUGAGGGUUCAGCGGCGGCGGCAGCGACGGGCGGUGGGUUGCUAGGGAUGGAAGGCGCCCGUGUCACCCGGAUGUGAGUGUCAUGUUGGCCCCAACUCGAAGAGGUUCGCAGGCGGCGGCGGUGGCAGAGGGGAAGACCCAGCGGCGGCGGCGGUGGUGGUAGACCCAGCGAUCCCGAGCCUUCGCCUUUUGCAGCCCACACCACCAUCAUGAGGACCGCCGGAUAGCGGGCGAGCCAGGUCAAGGAAAGGGCUGGGGCGAGAAGGGAACAUCAUCGCCCACUCGCUUCGGAGGAGCAGAAGAGGAAGGAGCGCCCGCGCCUCAGGCCCCCCGAGAAAGUGACCAUGCUGCCCCAACAGCUGCUGCUACAGCAGCAGUUCCCUAAAGAAGCAAGCUAUGCAAAUAGCACCAGAAUUCCUCUUCCUGGUGACAACCCAGCACUCCAGCCAAACAACACAGCACCUACCAAGCAAACUGUACUAUCUUGGCAAGCUGCAAUUGAUGCUGCUAGACAAGCUAAGGCUGCCCAAGGCAUGAGCACCACCCCAGCUCAACCUGUAGGAUCUCUGUCCCAAAGAAAGCGUCAGCAAUAUGCCAAGAGCAAAAAACAGGGUAAUACAUCUAAUAGUCGGCCAGCCCGUGCUCUUUUCUGUCUAUCCCUCAAUAACCCACUCCGAAGAGCCUGCAUUAGUAUAGUAGAAUGGAAACCGUUUGACAUAUUUAUAUUACUGGCUAUUUUUGCCAAUUGUGUGGCCUUAGCAGUUUACAUCCCAUUUCCAGAAGAUGAUUCUAAUUCAACAAACCAUGAUUUG